AUGGGUAAUGUUGAGAAAGGCAAGAAGAUUUUUACUAUGAAGUGUUCCCAGUGCCACACCGUUGAAAAGGGAGGCAAACACAAGACUGGGCCAAAUCUCCAUGGUCUCUUCGGGCGGAAGACAGUUCAGGCCCCUGGAUACUCUUACACAGCCGCCAAUAAGAACAAAGGCAUCACCUGGGGAGAGGAUACACUGAUGGAGUAUUUGGAGAAUCCCAAGAAGUGCCUCCCUGGAACAAAAAUGAUCUUUGUCGGCAUUAAGAAGAAGGAAGAAAGGGCAGACUUGAUAGCUUAUCUCAAAAAAGCUACUAAUGAGUAAUAAUUGGCCACUGCCUUAUUUAUUACAAAACAAAUGUCUCAUG